CUGCGCCUGGUGUUUACAGCGAGGCGUCAGGUGCCAGCUGUGUUGGAGCGCAUCACAGGAGCAACAUGUCGGCGAGAAGCAGAGCGCCGCUGUAGGGAGGAAGACUCUCUCCGGGCCGCUGGCAGGCCGGAGCCUGGUCACGAUGCCGAGGACGAGGACCUGAGAGAUUACAGAUUACAGAUUAGAUUCCACCGCAACGCGACUGUACCCUGCAGUCAGAGGUGACGGACAUGGACGAGGAGGAGGACCUGGAGGCGCUCGGUGAACAGCUGUAUAAUCUGAUUUAUCCCAAACACGCGGAGAUCGCUGGGAAACUUACAGGCAUGCUGCUGGAGCUGCCCGGUCCUGUGCUGAGCCAGAUGCUGCAGGAUGAGGCCAUGCUGGCUGGAGCCUUGGAGAAAGCCCUCAGAGCCCUUCACCUGGCGCAGGAGUCCAGCAAGGCGAGUUGUAAAGAUGAAGACGAUGUGUCUGCGUCCUCCGACUCCCUGGGCGAGCAGCUGUUUGAGCUCGUGGAUGUUUACAACACAGGCCACUCGCAGAAAAUCACCGGUAUGCUUCUGGAGCAGCACAAAGACGCAGUGUUAAACCUCCUCUCAGACCCUGCACUCCUGGAAGAGCAGGUGAACCUUGCCCUGACGGCACUGAAAGAGCAGAGUGUGGAGGAGACGGACGUGAGCGACUCGUCAGACGCUGAUGACACAGAGAGGCUGGGAGAGAAGCUCUUCUCAUUGGUGGAGGAGCUGGAUCCAGUGCACGCCAAUGAUAUAACAGGCAUGCUGCUGGAGAUGGAGCCAGCUGCUCUCAUACAGAUGCUCAGCGACCACGCCAUGCUGGAAGUGGCUGUUCAGAAAGCACAAGCGGCGUUGCAAACCUGACUCGACCUUCCUUAGGAUGAAACCACAUGGGAAGCUUUUGGACAGGAGAGGACAGUGGAAUUUUUUUUUUACAUCCUGAAUAAUAUUUUUCAUUAAUGACUGAAGAACACAAUGCUGCGAAGACCUGCUGGACCAUUACUGUCUAGAUAGUUAUUAUGAUUUAAUGUGCCAUAAGCAACUGUUGUUCCUCGCUGUUUUAUAUCAAUCACUCUAUGGACUGCAGGGAAUGGAAGCUCAGUUAUGAUUUCGGGACAGAGUCUGGUAAGUCUCUGCCAACAACCUAGAGGGAUUUAAAAUGAGGUAGAUGUUCAAAAAGACAUGGGGUUACCUUGCAAAUGUUGCUCCCCUGUCUGCCUCUGGAUACUGGAUACAAACUGCUGUUGUAAAAUGAAGAGUAUUGACCCACCAGAGCUGAGCACGACCUCAACGAGGGAUCAGAGUCCUCCUUGCCCGACCCGACACCGUGCAGUUCACUGUCAGAGCUGGCUCACCUGGGCGGCCAGGUAGAAUCAGCGAUCAUUUAGUAUGGGACAAUCUUGCUUUGGAUACCAGUGUAUUUGUAGCUUUUGACCUUGUAUUUGUACUGUGUGCUCAUAAUGAUGUAAACAUAACUCUUAGUGAAAUGUCUUUGCUCAUGGGAGAUAAUUAUAGGAUUAUCUGCUGUCAUGGAGCUUGACAUGCUGAAGUCCUCUCACUCCUGAACCUGUUGUAUUAGGAAGUAAUCACAGAGAAGCUGUGUGUAUUACACUAGACACGACUGUGGCUCUCCAA